CCAAAACUUAUUGAGAAAGCGCGGUCACCGGAAAUGACGUCAUCGGACUCGUAGUCGUAGUCGACGCUGUUCAACGAGUCUUUGGACGCUCACAAGAGCCUUAAAAAAAUAAUUGGACCGAACUGAGCACGCACAUAUAAACGCGCCGAACCGAAUUUAAUCUCGGGUUUAAAGCUGUGUGCUGAGGGAACAUAAAACAGUUUAAUUAUGGACAGCUUUCCUUUGACGAAGACAUGCUAAGCUAAUGCUAACCAAGCGAGCUCGUGUCCAUCGCGUUCGUUACAUGCUAAUCAGUCGUCAACAUUGUUACCAUUCACAGCACAAACUGUCCAGUGAAUUCAAGGCAAUUUGGAUAACAAAAACAACAAGUUGCGCGCUUCGUUUUGGCUUCGCUGCAGCUCGUCGACACGAGAACGAUGAAAGUUACUGACAAGUUUGAGGCUCCAACCUCCCGAAAGUUCCGCCACGUUCGAUCGAAGUCUGAGUAUUAAUGCUAAGAAGUUACAAGUGUUGCUGAAAAUCCGCUUGAAUGGAGUUGCCAAGGGUAACCGAGUAGGAAGCCAGCGAUCGUUGUGCCGCAAGUGCGCAUGCUCGUCAUGGAGAACGGACAAGGUAACACCACCACAACUACCACCACCACCACGACGAGGCUCGGCCUACCACCGCUCACCCCUGACCAGCAGGAGGCGCUGCAGAAGGCCAAGAAGUAUGCCAUGGAGCAGAGCAUCCGGAAUGUUCUGGUCAGGCAGACCAUGGCGCAGCAGCAGCAACAGCAGCUCAGUGGACUGCAGAUGGCGUCCUUGUCGGUGGGUUUAGGGGACCUUUCUCCUCUGCAGUCUGUGGCGGCGCAACGCCAGCGCGCCCUGGCCAUCAUGUGCCGCGUUUACGUGGGCUCCAUCUACUACGAGCUGGGCGAGGACACCAUCAGGCAGGCCUUCAUCCCCUUCGGACCGAUCAAAAGCAUUGACAUGUCCUGGGACUCGGUCACCAUGAAGCACAAGGGUUUUGCCUUCGUGGAGUACGAGACGCCAGAAGCCGCCCAGCUUGCUCUGGACCAAAUGAACUCCGUGGUCCUUGGAGGGCGAAAUAUUAAGGUGGGCCGGCCCAGCAACAUCGGGCAGGCGCAGCCUAUCAUCGAGCAGCUGGCGGAGGAAGCUCGCGCCUUUAACAGGAUCUACGUGGCGUCCGUUCACCGCGACCUGUCAGACGGCGACAUCCGUAGCGUCUUCGAGGCUUUCGGGAAGAUCAAGUCCUGCAUGUUGGCACGCGAGCCAACCACGGGACGGCAUAAAAGCUACGGCUAUAUCGAAUAUGAAAAGCCUCAGUCUGCCGUGGACGCGGUGGCUUCCAUGAACCUCUUUGACUUGGGGGGCCAGUACUUAAGAGUCGGGAAGGCCGUCACCCCACCUGUGCCGCUCAUUACCGCCUCUGGAGGCCUCGCAGCAGCUAACUUCACAGGGCAGGACCCAAUGGGCGCGUCGGUCCUGCGAGCACUGGCCGGUCUUCCGCAAGGCGUCAUGGCGGCGCAGGCCCCGGGUGUCAUCACAGGCGUGACCCCGGCCCGGACCGGACUCCCUCAAGUGGCUCUGGUGAAUCCCGUCCUGGCCACGCCCCCUGCGCCCAAGGUGGAAGAGGACACUGCCAAUAAACGACAACAGGUCGAUGGACAACACGACAUCAACAAGAUCUUUCGCAACCGACAAUCCCGCGUAAUGGUGCUGAGGAACAUGGUGGGCCAGGACGACAUCGACGACGACCUGGAGGGCGAGGUCACCGAGGAGUGCGGCAAGUUCGGCCAGGUCAAGCGAGUGGUCAUCUACCAGGAACGGCAGGGAGAAGAAGAAGACGCCGCCGUCAUCAUCAAGAUCUUCGUGGAAUUCUGCCACACGGCCGAGAUGAACCGGGCCGUCCGGGCCCUGGACCGACGUUGGUUCGGCGGCCGCAAAGUGGCGGCCGAGGCAUACGAGCAAGAGCGCUUUGAGAACAACGACUUGUCGGCGUAGACGUUAGCCGAGGGCCAACUAUUGGCAAGAACAAUGAUCGGCGGGGCAGCCAAAGCUUGCCAACAGCAAACUGUCAGAGUCGAAGCUCACUGACGCGGGACUGCCGAGGCCCGCCUCCCACGCAGGAACGCGGCGAGCGCCGGCCCGUUCAAGUAUGAAUCGAGCGGGCGAGUCAGGACGCCUGGACUACGCAACAUUUGUUCUAGAACGGAAAGAACACUGAGGUUUCAUCAAAAACUCAAUUUUCAGUGGUCACCUUGGCGAUUUUAUGUUCUCACAGAUUCCCUCCACAAUAUUCUCCCUCAAAAUUUGUUGCAAAUGUUUCUUUGGUUUUGAUAUUAAAAGUAAA